GAACCAAACAGAGCGACUGCCCUAACCGAGCUUCACAGUGAUGCAGUAACGUCAUUCAAGGUGGAUUCAGUGCGUGUGUAAGCAGCUCGAGGUAGAUAUCAGUUCGAAAUAUGUCACCACCUUGGUUCCUGUUGCUGGCCCUGCUGUCGGUGACUCUGAGUCACGGCGCCAGGAUCCUGGGCAUGUUUCCAAUACCAGCGAGGAGCCAUCUCAUGGUACAUAAGCCACUGAUGUUGGAGUUAGCCAGGCGUGGUCACGAGAUUACAAUGGUCAGUAGCUUUCCGGAAAGCAAGCCGAUCCCUAACUACACAGACGUCGAAGUAAAGACAACUUUAGAAUCACUAGCAGGAGGCAUUGUUCCAUCAAACCUGUUCGAUAUGAAGAAAAUGGCGACCGUGCAACAGACAGUAAUGUUGUGGUAUUUGGGCGAGGCAUUGUGUGAUCGUGUACUGCAAGAAGAAAACAUUCAGAAACUGAUACAUUCUAAAAAUCUGCAUUUCGAUGUUGUGUUCGUCGAAGCCUUCUCAAUGGAAUGUUUCUUGGGAUUCGCUCACAAAUUCAAUGCUCCCAUUAUACAGAUUUGUACCUACGGAGGUGCAAAUUUCAUGGGAGACUGGGUAGGAAGUCCGAACCCAUAUUCAUACGUCCCCGAUGAUUUUCUCGAGUACAAAGAUAAGAUGAACUUCUGGGAGAGAGUGCACAAUACAAUUAUUGGUACAUUGAAACACGUGGGAAGGCAACUGAUUCACGUGCCGAAACAGAAUGCUGUUAUGCAGAGAUAUUUCAACUAUACAGAUAACUUGCCACCUGUAUGGGAGCUGGAAUAUAAAACGUCACUAGUGUUUUUGAACACACACUACAGCCUGAGCUAUCCGAAGCCGCUCACGCCUAACUACGUGCAGGUUGGCGGAAUGCACGUGAAACCUCCGAAGAAACUUCCGCAGGAAUUGCAGAAGUACCUUGACGAAGCUCCAGAAGGUGUGAUAUACUUCAGCAUGGGCUCGAACCUACAGAGCUCUCAGAUGCCUGAAUCCAAGAGAAAUGCUUUUCUGAAAGUCUUCUCGAAGUUGAAGCAACAGGUUUUGUGGAAAUGGGAGACAGACACAUUGCCAGGACAACCAAGAAACGUGAAACUUGGAAAGUGGCUGCCACAAUCGGACAUUUUAGCUCAUCCCAAUGUUCGACUCUUCAUUACACACGGUGGACUCCUGAGCAUGCAGGAAGCGAUCAACAGGGGCGUGCCUCUGCUUGGCAUUCCGAUAUUCGGAGAUCAGAGUUUGAACAUGCGCAAGGCUGUCUCAGCAGGCUAUGGUGUUAUGGUUGAAUUCAGUAACGUCACUGAAGAGUUACUGACAUGGGCUAUCAGAGAAAUUCUUGAAGUCCCUAAAUACCGUGAGAACGCCCAGCGUCUGUCCCGAAUCUACCGGGACCAGCCACUCACCCCGCUGGAGCAGGCCGCGUUCUGGACGGAGUACGUGAUCAGACACAAGGGAGCUCCUCACAUGCGCUCCGCUGCACUGGACCUCACCUGGUACCAGUACUUCCUGCUAGAUGUCAUCGCUGUGUUGGCGCUAGCUGUGGGAUCUGUUCUUCUAAUUGCGUUCCUGCUGAUUAGGGCUCUGCUGACUAGAAUUUAUGGUGGUAAACAGAAAGAAAUCGAAAAUGCAUUGAAAAAGAAACGGAAGGGGAGGAGCCAUAUUUGCUUGCGUCUUGUGAUAGUGACAGUGCACAGUGAUUCUCUGAAGGUUCCACACAACGCCAUAAUGGAACAUUUGCGAUGGUGCUUGGUAGCAGCAGUGAUAAUACAAAUCUUCGAUGCGAGCGUUGGAGCGAAAAUAUUGGGAAUAUUUCCAUUCCAAGCGAAGAGUCAUACAUUUGUGGCCACGCCGUUAAUGCUGGAAUUGGCUAAGAGAGGUCACGAAGUCACUGUUAUUAGUCACAACCCAUACAAAGAAAAAGUAGCCAAUUACACGGAAAUCGUUGUUAAGACAACAAUGUUGGAUUUUAUCAAGUAUAAAGGGAUCCAAAGAACCUUGUUUGAACUCCAGGAUGUAGGGAUAUUAACAAAAAUUAUGGACCUUUGGCGUAAUAAUAAAGGCACAUGUGAUCUUAUGCUGCAAGAAGAAGAAAUCCAGAAACUGAUUCACGCGAAGAACCUUCACUUCGAUCUGGUGAUUGUAGAAGCAUUCUUUAACGAAUGUUUUCUUGGUUUCGUUCAUAAAUUCAAAGCUCCUUUAAUCCAUCUGUGUACAUUUGGAGGAACGCAUUGGAUUGGUGAUUGGGUUGGCAAUCCAAACCCUUAUGCUUACGUGCCUGAUCUCUUACUGGAAUAUGACAAUAAAAUGGACUUCUGGCAAAGGAUGCUUAACACGAUGGUGGGAACUUUCUGGAGACUUGGACGCCAGUACUACUAUCUUCCGGGUCAGGAUGCAAUAAUGAGAAAGCAUUUUAAUGAUUCUGAUGAUUUGCCUUCAGUUGCUGAAAUUGAACAUACAACUUCACUUGUGUUACUGAACCAUCACUUCAGCAUUAGCUACCCCCGGCCUCUUAUGCCUAACAUGGUGCAGGUUGGCGGAAUGCAUGUGCAACCACCAAGGAAACUUCCACAGGAUCUUGAGAAGUUCUUGGAUGAUGCACCAGAUGGAGUUAUCUACUUCAGCAUGGGCUCCAACUUGCAAAGUUCAGGAUUGUCUGAUUAUAAGAGAGAUGCUUUUCUUAAAGCAUUUUCUGAAUUGAAACAACAGGUGCUUUGGAAAUGGGAGACAGACACGUUGCCAGGACAGCCAAGUAACGUGAGGCUGGGCAAAUGGUUCCCUCAGGCCGAUAUACUGGCACAUCCAAACGUACGAUUGUUCAUGACACACGGAGGACUCCUGAGCACACAGGAAGCGCUGAACCGUGGAGUUCCUGUGGUGGGAAUACCUGUAUUUGGUGACCAGUCACAGAAUAUGAGACGGGCCCAGUCUGCAGGAUAUGGUAUUAUGGUGUCUUAUCAUAACAUUACAACACAGUCCGUGAAGUGGGCACUUAAGGAAGUUCUCCAAAAUAGCAAGUACCGGGAUACUGCCCAGCGUCUGUCCCGAAUCUACCGGGACCAGCCACUCACACCGCUGGAGCAGGCCGUGUUCUGGACAGAGUACGUGAUCAGACACAAGGGAGCUCGUCACAUGCGCUCCGCUGCUCUCGACCUCACCUGGUACCAGUACUUCCUGCUAGAUGUCAUCGCUGUGUUGGCCCUAGUUGUAGGAUCGAUUAUGCUGAUACUGUUUUUGAUGCUCAGGGCAGUACUGAGGAAAGUCUGGAGUGUCAAGAAUAUUGAUAAGUCAAGCAAAAAACAAGAUUGAAAAAACACGCUUCUGACCUAUUAAAAACUGAAAGUUCUGAUUGCUAACUUGGAAAAUAAUACUUGUACGCUUU